AUGGCAGGAGGUAGUAACCACCUUGGGUGUCUCUUGGGAGUCAACCAAUUUUUGAGAAAGCCAGCAAAGGCUGGCCAACAAAAAGUCAAGUCUGUAAUUAUAUUUGGACUCAAUAAAAACUGUGCAUGUCAGUUAAGUGAUAAACCGAGUUCCUUUCAAGGUUUAAAUCUAAUCUUUCUUCGUCGUUUUUGGUCCUGCUUAAAAAUAAUGUUUCCCUCGUGCCUUUCAACGACAUUUCUUUUGUUUAUAUUACUCCUUGGACUCUUGCUUGGCGAGCAAAUGCUAAUCUACAACAUCGGCUUGAUUCCGAGUCAAUUCUACAAAGUCCUCAGCAGCAGAGACAAGCAAGGAUUUCAUUCUCUUAUAAUCGUGGCUUUGUGCUUGCUUAUCGGAGGAGGUUUAGGAAAAAGCCUUGUACAAUACGUCGCUAAUCUUUCAUAUGUAAAAUGGAGAGGUUUAAUGACUUCUAUCUUACACAAAUCAUACUUCAAGCGCAAUGUUUUAUACAACCUGAACGUCCUGGAUAACAGUGUGGACAACCCAGAUCAGAGGAUUACACAAGACAUUGACCGAUUCUGCAGAAUGCUUCGAAAGAUAAUAUCUAAGCUGUGUAUGGCUCCUUUCACUGUUGGUUAUUAUUCCUACAGAUGCUAUGAAGGCAACGGCUUUCUGGGCCCUCUGAGCAUUUUCGGAUAUUUUGUGGUCUUUGCAAUAAUUAACAAACUUAUUAUGUCAGGAAUUAUUCCCCUGGUUGUAAAGCAGGAGAAGAUGGAAGGCAACUUUAGGUACAAACACAUGCAGGUUCGAGUCAACUCGGAGUCCUUUGCGUUCUACAGAUCGAACCUAAUAGAAGAGAAAAGAGCAAACGAAAAGCUUAGCUGUCUACUUGAAGUUCAACAAAGACUAGUCAAUUAUGAAUUUUUAUUGAAUUUGUCUGUGAAUUGCUGUAGUAAUAUUGGUGGAGUACUCAGCUAUCUGAUAAUAGCUAUUUCAAUAUUCACUGGAAGAUACGAUGGAUUAUCUACAUUAGAGCUUACUGAGGUAAUAAGUCGCGGUGCCUUCGUGUCAUUGUACCUCAUUGGCUCCUUCACCAAGUUGAUUGACUUAUCUGUCUCAGUGUCUGACAUGGCAGGUUACACUCAUCGAAUAGGAGAGCUGAUCGAGACCUUAGAGGAGAAGUCAGCAAAAGAGGACAAAAUAGAUCACAGUUCUUUGUCUUUUCAUCCGACAAUGAGCACCAGCUGCAUUUUUAAAUUUGAGUCAGUUUCAUUUGCUGCACCCAAGGCUGUGCAAACACUGGUUAAUGACUUAAACUUAACUGUGAAUAAAGGCGAAAACAUUAUUYUUACUGGUAAGACAGGGAGUGGGAAAAGUUCCCUCUUAAGGUUAUUGACUGACCUUUGGAAACCAUCGUCUGGUCAAGUGCUGAGGAAGUUAAAGCCAGUUCCAAAUAAUGUGCUCUUUUUGCCCCAAAGGGUAUUGCUGUCAGAUGGAACACUAAAGCAACAGGUUGUUUAUCCAUAUGACACACCCCUGCUUCAAGACUUCGUUGAAAAUGGCGAAAAAAGUGAUGACAGUAUUCUAAGAAUUUUGCUUGAUGUGGGUCUAUUUAGUGUGUGUAAGCGUUUGGGAGGAAUCAACAUUCCUGUACACGGCAGCUGGGAAGACGUGUUGUCACCUGGUGAGAUGCAGCGACUUGCUUUUGCUCGGCUUUUCUAUCACAAACCAGUGAUAGCAUUGUUGGAUGAAGCUACAAGUGCAUUGGAUGUGGAUGCGGAAAGGUACAUGUAUGACAAGUGCACUAAACUUGGUAUUACUCUUGUCAGUAUUGGUCACCGAGAAUCCUUGAUACCAUAUCAUCAUGUGAUUUUAAAACUGGACGGAGAAGGUGGAUGGUCUCUUAACUACAUCACGUAAAAUCAAUAAAAAUGAUGGAUUCAUGACAUGCGUUGCUGUAUAGGAACUAAAAACGUGCAAUAUUAAAAAGCCUAUCUCCAAACAUUGUCAUGCACGCUUCGUUUCACUUUUAGAAAGGGUUAGUUACUGAGGGUCGUCUAAUAUCACUAUGAUCUACUUAGCCAACCGAUAAGAACUGAUCAAAAAAGUCCUUUUGUCUGUUGUUAGUUGAGAUUCACUUGUAUCACUAAUUUGCACAGUUUAUAGUAACUAGUGCUUCAAUCUUUUAUUGAAAGCACAUUAAUUAAUUAGUGUUUGUUUAUUCUUUAAUUAUAACAAAU